AUGCUGGCGUUGAACACAUUUAUUUUAAUUGCGUGCAUUGCUUUUGCUCAUGGUUCUUUGUGUCCGAAGCAAUGUGACUGUGACAUGGAAAAUGGGUUGAAUAGAGCGACGUGUGUGGAUCAAAAUAUUGUCAGCGUAGGAAUCGAUGUGCCGCGUGAAGUGCAAGUGUACAGUCUAAGUCAUAAUGCGAUUAACGAGUUGGACAACUUUUGUUUCAAAGAACUCGGCUACACAUCAAUCCGAAUACUGAAUCUAUCAUAUAAUCUAAUUUUUUGGAUUGGACUGCAUGCAUUUUCCGGUCUAGAUAAUUUGAUUUACCUAGAUCUGAGUACAAACAGACUACGAUAUAUACCACCGGAUCUGUUCUGGGAUACACCGCAACUGGACACACUAGAUUUGUCGGGAAAUGUUUUUGAAUCUCUCAAGAAUGAACCUUUCCUAAUGCAUACGAAGCUGCAGAUAUUAAACCUUAACAAUUGUCGCAUUAAGGCGUUGCCCGAGAGACUGUUUACACGACUUCCAAAUUUAAAAAAGCUAGACUUAAGUGAUAAUUACAUGAUUUCUAUAAAUUUUGAAGUGUUACGACCUUUAAAAAAAUUGGAAAGAGUAGAACUGCGAAACGAGUAUUGGCAGUGUAAUCCCGCUUUUAUCGCCGUCGAAUCUUGGAUUGUAUCUCGCGGUAUAACUUAUUCCAAGCAAUGCAAAAAGAAACUCCCAAAGAUGUCGGAGAAAAUGAUUUCAGUUGUUACACCGGAGAAAGAGGCAGUUGAUGUGGAUCGGGUUUGGAAUAUCACAAAAAGUGAAAAUAAAACGAUUCCGUCGGAUGUUCCUACGAGGUCUCUCACGCCGUUUGAAAAGUUCGACAAAGAUUUCUCAGCGGUUCAAGCGUUUGUUAUGGGGUUAGAAGUGGGACUCGCCAUAGGUGUAGUCGGAACUUAUGUUUGGCUGCGACAGUUUUGUAAAUGUGGUAGUUUGAUGUGUUUGCGAAGUGACAAUAGUAGACCACGUAGACGAAAUCAUAGAUUAGCCGAUGGUGAUAUGAGAACGAAUUUGCUGUUAAGCAACAUCUUAAAUCCGGAUUUGGAAACGCCUCCACUGUAUAGACGGCAGCUUUCGUUGCCGGAGAGGAAUGCACCGUUUCCAGCGUACGGCGUACCCGGCGUUAGGGAGCCAAUGUUGCAUGCAGAUGCAAUUAGAGUUCCGAACCGCGCUGAGACCCCUCCUCCGCCUUAUAACGAAUGUCGGAUUAAUGUUUAA